AUACUGCUAACGCAUACAAUUUUGGAGAGAAUGAACAAUUUCUUGGAGAAUAUAUAGCUGAUAAACGUUCUCAAGUCGUAAUCGCCACAAAAUAUACUGAAAAUUCUACCGCUUUAAUGCCAAAUGUCAGAUAUAACCCAAAUGCUGGUGGAAAUCAUCGCAAAUCUCUUGUUGAAAACCUUGAUCAAAGCCUUAAACGACUAGGAACUGGAUAUAUUGAUCUCAUGUAUGUUCAUAUUUGGGAAUUUCGUACUCCUAUAGAAGAAGUAAUGCGUUCUUUAGAUGAUGUUGUUAGAAGUGGCAAGGUUCUUUAUAUCGCGAUUAGCAAUGCACCAGCAUGGGUGCUUAGUCGUGCAAAUACGAUGGCUGAAUUACGUGGUUGGAGUCAAUUCGUUGGGAUGCAAACGCGAUAUAAUUUAUUAAAUCGAUCUUUGGAGCAGGAUAUACAAACUGCUUGUGCUGAACAUGAUGUUGGAAUUAUUCCUUGGGGAUGUAUCGCUGAAGGGUUCUUGACAGGAAAAUAUACCAGAGAAUCAGCUGCUAACUUAGAAAUGCCUGAUACUAUGAGAAGUCAACGUGUUAACUCAAUUAAAAGAUUAGCUGAAAAUGAGCAAAAUUGGAAAAUCUUUGAUGAAGUUACAACUAUCGCUGCUGAAACCAAGAGAACUCCUGUUCAGAUCGCUUUGAAUUGGAUCUCACAAAAACCUGGCAUUACUUCGCCUCUUAUCGGUGCUAGGACAAAAGCUCAAUUAGUUGAAAAUCUUGGUGCUCUUGAAUUCAAAUUAACACCUGAGCAGAUGGCAAGGUUAGAUGCUGUUUCUGCACCAAAGGAAAUACCAUUUCCAUAUUCUGUAUAUUCAAAUCUUGAGAAAUAUGUUGGCAAAGGAAUGCAAAUUCCUGAAAAGUAUAAACCCAUUUUUAUGAUGGGUGCACAAGAAAAAUUUUAG